GCCUCCUGGGCUCGGGCGACUUCCGGCGCUCUCCCAGCCGCGUCCGCUCGGGUCGUCAUGGCGAGCGAGGGCAGCGCGGACACCGAGGCGCUGGUGCAGACCUUCGAGCGCCGUUUCCUGGCGGCGCGCACGCUGCACUCAUUCCCCUGGCAGAGCUUAGAAGAGAAAUUACGAGAGUCUUCAGAUGCUGAGCUGCUGCUGGAUAUUUUGCAGAAGACGGUGAAACACUCUGUGUGUGAGAAGCACCCCCCUUCGGUGAAGUACUCGCAGCGCUUUCUCUCAGAGCUCAUCAAAAAGCAUGAGGCUGUGCACACAGAGCCUUUGGAUGAACUGUACGAGGCACUGGCAGAGAUACUGAUGGCUGAGGAGUCUACCCAGUGCCACCGGAGCUAUUUGCUGCCUUCAGGAGCCUCCAUCACACUCUCUGAGAGCACAGCCAUCGUGUCCUGUGGCACCACAGGCUUGGUCACGUGGGAUGCCGCCCUCUACCUUGCAGAAUGGGCCAUCGAGAACCCAGCCACCUUCACAAACAGGGCUGUUCUUGAGCUGGGCAGUGGAGCUGGUCUCACGGGCCUGGCCAUUUGUAAGAUGUGCCAGCCCAGAGAAUAUGUCUUCAGUGACCACCACAGCCAUGUGCUCGAGCAGCUGCACAGGAACGUGCUCCUCAACGGGCUCUCGGCAGAGCCAGAGGCCGCCGCUGAAGCCGGCAGCACACAGGUGAUGGUGGCCGAGCUGGACUGGGACGAGGUGACUGCCUCUCAGCUCUCUGCACUGCAGCCGGACGUUGUCAUCGCAGCAGAUGUGCUGUACUGCCCGGAAGUGACCCUCUCGCUGGUCAGGGUCCUGAAGAUCCUCGCUGCCUGCCAGAGCAGGCACACUCCUGAUGUCUACGUAGCCUACACCGUCCGCAGCCCAAGGACGAACCAGCUGUUCUCCACGGAGCUGGGCUGGGAUCUACUGGGAGGAAGUGCCCCCUCUCACCAGAAAGCUGUUCCCCUAUCAAGAGUGCUCCACAGUGGAAAUUCUGAAGCUCACGCUACAAGGGCACUAUGGUUCCUGAAGGUUAUAAUGCAAAUGAAGUCACUUCCUCGGAAGUAUUCUUCAUGGGAAGCUUAUUUUUUAAUUAAAUUCCAAAUAACAAGCACACCAUGUUCCAGUCAACACACUGUGAGAUGCCCAGCCUCAGCAUCUGUGGCCCAGCAAAUCACCAUGGGGUGGAUACCUCUCAGAGGCAAAUGCUUCCUUCAUGUACAAAGAAGUGUGCACUCAUAACUGAUGGCCCAGCUAGUGUUCUGCAGAGACCAGUGCAUACAUGGCAUCCUGCUGAGUUCACUGGGCAGCAGGUCUGAUUCCAGGUGUGAGCAGAAUAUGAGGCACAGGAAACAAAAUAAGAGAAAGAGAAGUUGACCAAGUCACAGGAAAUAACAGUAAUAUGCUCAUCACCAGAGAGAAGAGCAUCUGAGAGCCUCAAAGAAGUCAAAAUGGAGCACUUACCAGAUCAUUCUCCAGAGGAUGCCCACAGGAUGGAGAUUUGCAGAUCUUUUCCCCAGGCAGCUCACAGUGCAGGUCCUUCCUGCUUCUGACCACCAAGGGGUGGAGGAGAAGCAGCAGGCUUUGUGUGGGAGGUGAGUGGGCACAGGGCGAGCUAGGGCUCUGUCUUCAUGGUGUGUGGACACACUCCGGAGCCCUUACCUCAAGCCACAAAGUCCCCUGUCCAUCAGCAAUGGCAGCACUGUUCUCUCCCAGCUCUCAUCCCAUCUCAGCUCCUCUGACUCCUGGAGGUUCAUGCAAAACUUACCUUGCCAGCAGGGUCAGAAAACUGAAAAUAUCUGAAGAAAAGAAACACCAGAACUUUAGCUCUGGCCAUCUCCACCCCAUGCUUGGUCCUCAGCCUGGCUGACUUGAGACUGCUUCAACACCAGGCUGUCCACCAGAAGUAUCCCUCACAAGUCCCAGCCCCUGACCAUCAUAGGAUACUGGAAGGAGGGGUCUGCUUUCACUGCCCAUGCCUUAAAGCUCAUAUAGACUCCCCCGGUGUCUCCCCUGCCAGGCAAAGUCCCACUGUUUACAAGGAAGGGGAUAGGCAAUGACAUUUCUUAGUAUCAGGUUUAGCAAGUGACUUGCUUGUUGGCAAAUCCUGCCACCUGUCUGAAAAUAAAGUUUUCUUGGAACCCAGUCCCUGUCUACAUAAUCUUCAGCUGCUCUCACAUUCACAUCAGGACACACUUGAAAUGUUCUGACAAGAACUGAAGGAUAGAGUAAAAAAUGCUUCCUGCCACGCUUGACAGAGCAACUUAAUAAGUAAGGGGGUGUGAACAUUCACAAGGAAAAACCGUGUGCUGCUGAGGCUCCCGUGACCCCACUCAUGCUCCCUAGAGGGCAGCGCAGGGUCCAUCCUGACAGAGGUGUGAGCUCCAAAACCCAGAGGCAGACUGGGUGUGAUCCUGCCAGACAGCAUGGGAGGCUACCUCGGAGGCCUGCGCUUCUUCCCUGGGCCUUCUACACCCCAGAGUGCCAACACAGUGCCCCUGCAGUGUGAAGCAGUCUCCAACCCUCCAAGCACUGUCCUGAGAAUAGACCCUCUACCUGCAGCUGAGUUGCCAACUCCUCAGCAUCCGUGACCACCACACCACUCUGUCCAUGUCUCACAAGCUCAUGUAAACUGUGAAGAAAGCUGAGCCGCCAUUCUUGCCCCACAGGUGAAGCCAUCAGGAACUGGCUGGUUUCAGAGUGUCUUCUGGGAUGGAGCAUUGAACCUUAAGAAGCCUGGAAGGACACAGGUCAGAAUGCCAGGGAGAAAGGCAGGGAGGUGGCCAUUUUGUGCCAAGAAGUAAUCCUGUUUUUUUCCCUCCAUACCUGAGGCCCAAGGUUCCAGCAAUCCCCUCAGUUUCAUUCUGCACAUUUAGGUUGGCUUUUCAGGGUCAUUGGGAUGUUCAUUCCUGGCAUCCUGCACUCGAGUCACAGGAAGGGGUCACACCAUGAACUUCUCAUCCACAGGGUGGUCCCUGACCUGCGACAGGGCAGAACUUCCUGAACCUCAUCUUUCACUGUCUUCCCAUUUCCACCCUGGCCAGGAACAUGAAGUCUCAGAAUGACACUGGUGUGGCUGGUUUCCAUGGGAAAUAGGCCAUCAGGGAGAGUGAAGAAACUUCAAACCAGGGUACACAGGCAGCAUCUAGCAGCAUGAGCCUCAGAAAAGAGGACUGAAG